AAAAGGCCCAAAAGACAUGGGCUGGCUCAAGAACAUGUGACUGACGUUGUAACAAACUAAUCAAAUAUUUAUUUUAAAAAUCAAAGUAAAAAGCAGUAACAAAUCAGUGUUCCCGCUUCUUUGAAAUCGCUAAGUCAUUUUCAGUAAAGUUUUGACAAUGGCGAAUGACAUAGCUACAACUGAAAUUCGAGGCGAGGUGCUGAAUAACUCAGGUGUUGGUGGGGUUUGUAUGAUGAACAGUACAUGGAGAGAGGAGCAACACCCAUCUUUCAUAAGUUUCAUCUCGACCUUCCUAAGAGCAAAUUCUUUCCGUCUUAACUUUGUUGCGAUUGCUCCUGAUUUCAUUUUCAAUUGUGGCGGUUCUUCUGUGGCCUUCAUCUUUGUCACCAAAUGGGAUGGCACUAAUGUCUCUCCAAUCUUUGGCAGAAUUCAAAAGUUGAAGAUGCAGUUCGGACACCUCUAUAUUGUCAUGACCCUUUCUACCAAGGAGCAAAAUGACUCUUUUGUUCGUUCCUACUUUACAUUUCAAAUGGAGCUUGGCAAACCAACAUUUAUACCAGCUCGAGAUGUAGAAAUGGGCUUUGAGAAGAUUGUAAAGAUAGCUCACUCCUUUGGAGUAUGCAAGCGACAAGAUGCCAAGACGAAAUUGAAGUCUGAGAGAAAACAAACAGUGCAAGGAAGGGACUUUUUCCUGAAAGUGGUCACAUCCAUCCCGGGAAUUGAUAACCAUGACGCAAAUGCGCUUAAUCAAGCUAUUGGUUCGAUCGAAGAUAUUGCCAAAGCAUCCAAGGAGUAUGUUCUGGAAAACACGGAUCUUUCGGCUGAAAAGGCAGACGUAAUUUUUAGGUUUUUCAGGGAUCCAAAGUUCUACUUAGGCCCAAAGAUCAAUUGAUACUAGAAACGGUUUAUGUUAUUUUUCAUUGACUGUCAACAUUUCCUUGGAUAACUGUAAGUGUCAUUACCAUCUUAUUUGGU